GCUGCAGCAGCCUCCGUGCCGCGAGCGCCGCGAUGGGGCUGGAGACCGAGAAGGCGGACGUGCAGCUCUUCAUGGACGACGACUCCUACAGCCGCCACAGCGGCGUCCACUAUGCGGACCCCGAGAAGUUCGUGGAGUCGGGCCCCGAUCGGGAUCCGCAUGGGCUCAACUCGGAACUCAAGGUGGGCUUCGAGGAUGUGAUCGCCGAACCUGCCACCACGCACUCCUUUGAUAAAGUCUGGAUCUGCAGCCAUGCUCUCUUUGAAGUCAGCAAGUACAUUCUCUACAAGUUCCUGACGGUGUUCCUGGCCAUCCCUUUGGCCUUCGCAGCCGGACUUCUCUUUGCCACUCUCAGCUGUCUGCACAUCUGGAUUUUAAUGCCCUUUGUUAAGACCUGCCUAAUGGUCCUACCUUCAGUGCAGACAAUAUGGAAGAGUAUGACAGAUAUGGUCAUUGCCCCAUUGUGUGGGAGCAUAGGACGCAUCUUCUCUUCUGUCAAUCUGCAGUUGAGCCGUGACUGAACAUGGGGACCCAAGACCGGUGAUAUGGAGACUGUUAUUUGUUGUUUUACAUACAUGUACUACUGUUUUCUUAUUAAAAGCACUACUCCCAUGGUUCUAAUAAAAAUAAAUAUUAAAAUGGGCAACUACAUUUAGACCUUGGCAGACCUUUCAGAAAGUACUCUUUUAAUGAAUAACCAAGGUUUUCAUAUCUAACUUUGUAAUCAAACAUAGGUUGGCAAC